AUGCGACCAUACGAACUGCACAAUCAUUCAUUGAACCACCGGCAUGGCUACGUGCGUUUCGCCAAAACUUGGUUCAUCCAACUCCCAGUCGCGUGUACAAAACGGGUGAUAUCGUUCACUCCUCAAGGCUCACUGCAAUAUGUUGGUCGCAAGGACCUACAGGUCAAAUUGCGCGGGCAAAGCAUUGAGCUGGGUGAGGUGGAGCACCAUGUCCGCAAUUUAAUCUCAGAUGCUGCCGAUGCCGUUGUAGGCGUGAUUAGCCUGGUUGAGGGACAAAUGGAACCCCAACUUGUCACGUGGAUCAAACUGGAGGGCAAUGAGCACACAUCAAGUUCUGCACUUGUCAACCGCCAGCCAUCCUGGAGGGAUGCCGUUCGCACGGCCCGUGAGCGCCUGUGUAAGGUCUUGCCAAAUUUCGUGAUUCCCUAUGUCUUUUUCACGUUCAUAGCUUCCCGACGACGAUGUCCGAUAAAAUCGACAAACGUCGUCUCAAGUUACUAG